AUGGAUACCGCAAAGAAUUAACAUACGUAUUCUAAUGUUAAAUUAUUUUUAACAAAUAAAAUGAUUAAUGGAAAUUUUGUAAAACCUUAAAGAAAAAGACCAUAAAGUCAAGCAAUAAAUAGGGCUUAUACAUCGAAUUCAAAUGACAGAAAAACAUAAACGGAACAAAAAUCAUUUGAUCUGCAUACUUGGGUGGAUUUUGAGGAUCAAAUAAGAAAAAUGGCCAUAAAAAGUUUUCACUCAUCAAUUGAACCUAAACCGAAAUUAUUAAAAAAAUCAAUCCCCAAUCAAAAAUAAUAAUUGUAAGCUUAAUUUAAGGAGUUGAUUAAGGAUGUACUUUAAAUGAACUUAAGAAAUGAUCUUUAUAAUAAAUUAUCAAAAUUUAUUUGA